GGAGAUUUGUAGGCCUGGGUUGAAGAAGGCGGAGGAUUUCUGAGAGACUUCCCCCAGCUCCCGCCGUUAGAGCCGCUCACCGACCGUCUCCACUUCCUCUUCUCGGCCUACAGGAACUCUACCAGACGCAGACACUUCAGAGUGCCGAACCAUGGCCGAAUAUUCAUAUGUAAAAUCCACCAAACUCGUGCUCAAGGGCACUAAGGCCAAGAGUAAAAAGAAAAAGAGCAAAGAUAAAAAGAGAAAACGAGAAGAAGAUGAGGAAACCCAACUGGACAUUGUGGGGAUCUGGUGGACUGUCUCCAACUUUGGGGAGAUUUCAGGAACCAUUGCCAUUGAAAUGGAUAAAGGAGCCUAUAUCCAUGCGCUGGACAAUGGCCUGUUUACACUGGGAGCUCCACAUAGAGAAGUUGAUGAAGGCCCCAGUCCUCCAGAGCAGUUCACUGCUGUCAAAUUGUCUGAUUCCAGAAUUGCCCUGAAAUCUGGCUAUGGCAAAUAUCUAGGUAUAAAUUCCGACGGACUUGUUGUUGGGCGUUCGGACGCAAUUGGGCCAAGAGAACAAUGGGAACCAGUUUUUCAAGAUGGGAAAAUGGCUUUACUGGCCUCAAAUAGCUGCUUUGUUAGAUGCAAUGAAGCAGGCGAUAUAGAAGCAAAGAAUAAAACAGCAGGAGAAGAAGAAAUGAUAAAGAUAAGAUCCUGUGCUGAAAGAGAAACCAAGAAAAAAGAUGACAUCCCAGAGGAAGACAAAGGAAAUGUGAAACAGUGUGAAAUCAACUAUGUAAAGAAAUUUCAGAGCUUCCAAGACCACAAACUCAAAAUAAGCAAAGAAGAUAGUAAAAUUCUUAAAAAGGCUCGGAAAGAUGGAUUUUUACAUGAGACACUUCUGGACAGGAGAGCCAAAUUGAAAGCUGACCGAUACUGCAAGUGAUAUGGACAUUUUUGUGUAGCUUUGGGUUUUUUCUUUUCUUUCUUUCUUUCUUUCUUUCUU